GUCUCCGCUGUGACUCAAUGUUGCUGGUCACCGACUGUGUUGCCAAGGUCGCCGAAAAGGGCUACUCACACACUUUCUUCAUUUAUUACCUGCUAGCUCUACUCCCCAAAGACACCGACUGGUGAUAUCCACUCAUGUGUGAGACGACAGGGAGCAGCUACACGCCAUCAUACCCUUGUUGACCAAAUGGCCAGAGGGUCAGAAGAGCCCAUCGAGAACUAUUUCCUGUGUCAUAUGGCAAGGCCGUUUCAAUCCUUACCCUCUGCAUUUGAAGCAGGAGAUAAUGCGCUUAGGCAUUACAGAAUGGAGAAGCACAACGCGAAUGAUAUUGAUAGCAACCUGAGGUCCUGCACCAGAGAAGAUGCGCAGCCCUCAGAAGGAGAGUGUGAAGUCUGGAACCAGGUGAACGCCGUCCUCCAGGACUCUGAAAGCAUCCUUUUAGGUCUACAGGCAUACAAAGGAGCCGGACAGGAGAUCAGAGAUGCAAUUCAAAACCCCAGUGACUUCAUGCUUCAGGAGCGAGCCUGGAACUCAGUGUGCCCUCUUGUCAUCAAACUCAAGAAGUUUUACAGUUUCUCUCUGAGACUAGAGGAGGCUCUACAGAGUUUGUUGGAGUCCCUGACAUGUCCACCCUACACGCCCACUCAGCAUCUGGAAAAGGAACAGGCGUUGGCCAAACAGUUUGCAGAAAUCCUCCACUUCACUCUUCGCUUCGAUGAGCUCAAGAUGAGGAUUCCUGCCAUUCAGAAUGACUUCAGCUACUACAGAAGAACCAUCAGUCGAAAUCGGAUAAACAACAUGAAUUUGGAUAUUGAAAAUGAAGUUAAUAAUGAGAUGGCCAAUAGGAUGUCUCUGUUUUACGCUGAGGCCACGCCAAUGCUAAAAACACUCAGCAACGCAACUACAAACUUUGUGACUGAGAACAAGACUCUUCCACUGGAGAACACGACAGACUGUCUGAGCACCAUGGCCAGCAUCUGUAAAGUCAUGUUGGAGACACCGGAAUAUUCAAGUCGUUUCAGCAGCGAGGACACACUCCUAUUCUGCAUGAGGGUCAUGGUUGGCGUCAUCAUUCUCUAUGACCAUGUGCACCCCAACGGUGCCUUCAACAAGUCCUCCAAGAUCGACAUGAAGGGCUGCAUAAAAGUGCUGAAAGACCAGCCUGCAGACAAUGUAGAAGGCCUGCUGAAUGCUCUCAAAUUCACCACUAAACACCUGAACGAUGAGUCCACUCCAAAAAACAUCCGGACAAUGCUCCAGUAAUGUUUUUUUAUUAUUAUUAUUUGUAUUAAAAAAAAGAUAUGAAGAGGAUCUAUGCUCUGACCUCAAGCAAGAUGUAUAUGUUUACAUUAUUUAAAAGACCUGUUAACACUUUGCAUAGUCAUUCUGUCCAAGUUAAAGGUGCAUGCGACUCUACAACUACACAAUUUCAUCCUUUUACUAUUAUCAGCUGAGAACGUUUCUCAUUUCUGUUAGCCAAAUCUUAAUGUUCUUAAAUGCUUUUUUAUACCCACACAAAAUUGUGCCAAAAAAAAAAAAAAAGGACAUUAUUCAAUCAAUUUGUGCACAGAAUGAGAUUAAUCAAAGACAUGUUUAGCUUUGAAGGGCUAAAAAGUGGAGACAGGUCAGGGACUGACUGCUUAGAUGUAUCGUCACAAGGAUUUUUACUUUUUAUGGGUUUUUUUUUUGCCCCAUUCUGGUGUACCUGUUGAUGUAAAUCCACUGUGAAUAUGAAGCUGCACAUUGAGUGUGCUUGAGAGAAAAGAUUGGACAUACUCACCACAGUCAAUGAUGCAUUUCUGUUUUGUGACGUCCCUCUGAACUAAUUUGGUUCAUCUGUUAGUGUAUAAAGUAAGGCCGAAAACCUCUUUAUAUUCUGUAUCAUAUAUUUUUAACAAAACACCUUUUUUUAAUUACAAAAAAUCUAUUUUCCUCAUAUGUGUUUUUCUUAUUUCAUCCUUGUUAAUAUAUUGCUCAAUUGCCAGUUUUGAUAGAAUUUGUUUUGCCUUGUUUGAGUGUGUGAGGGGGGUGAAUUAUUUGUAAAUUAUUAACUAGUUUUUUUAAAUUUUGGAUUCCACUCCUGUCAUGUUGUUGCCUUAAAAUCAAAAUUUUGAGCAACUGUACUCAUUGUAAUUGCCUUAAAAUGGAUCUGCUGUGUCAAAUGUCAUGUUGAUGGCAACUGUCAAUGAUCAUGGUGUCGUUACACCAGCAUAGUGACUGAAUCGGCUUGGUUAUCAAUCACACUUUUAUUGCCAAUCCUUUUGAUUCUGCUAACAUCGCACCAGGGAGCUCCUCAAACUAGACCAGACAAUCACAUCAUUAGUGACUGUGGGACUUAAUGUUAAAGUACAUGGCUGGAUUACAUGACUAUAAAUUGCCUCCCAAUUAAUUUGUCUCCACAUGUUCCUGUACUUGAUUGCCAUGAUUAAGCCUUAAACAAUGCCCAUUAAAGAGCAAGUAUUAUGAAGCAACCACGAAUAGGAAUUACUUUUGACUGAAGCAUACAGUGUACUGUUUAUGAUUCAAUUACAAUUCAACGGUCACUAAUUUCAAAUGUUUUGGUCACUGUCUUGUUAUUUAAUAUGUAUGUCCCCACAUGAGCCGUACUUUGGAUUUCAUAUAAUGUAUUCAUCGAUGUAAUGACAAGAUGUACAGUACAUUUGCUGUCAUGAUCACGGGACAUAUGCAAAGCUCUCCUGCGGGCCUUUGAUGUGCUACUUACUGUAUUGAAUGCAGGAUAUUUUUUGAUUUCAUUAAAUCAUUUGUGGACUUGCCUAUUACAUAAAUUGCUUCGGCUUUGUAUUGCUGAAAGGCUUGUGUGAAUUGGAGAAUAAAGGUGGUACAUUUCUUACUCA